CCCAAACUACCCGACAAUGUAAAUACACUCCUCGAUCAGCCCUCUCUAGGGCAUACGAUGGAAGUCAUGGAAUGCUUUUGGCUGGACUCUCAAUGAUCAAGUCAUUAUAACUUGAAACAUGUCUCCCCCAGCUGCCCUCUACGAACACACUGUGGCCCCUACCAGCCUCAAGGGCAAGGUCGUGGUUCCUGAGACUGCCCCCGUUGAGGGAGCUUCUCAGACCAAGAUGCUUGACCUUUUCGGCGGCAAGUGGGACCAGUUCAAGUUCGCCCCUAUCCGCGAAAGUCAGGUCUCUCGUGCCAUGACCAGACGUUACUUCGAGGACCUGGACAAGUACGCUGAGAGUGACGUUGUCAUUGUCGGUGCUGGUUCCUGCGGUCUGAGCACUGCGUACGUCCUGGCCAAGGCUCGUCCGGACCUGAAGAUUGCUAUCGUCGAGGCUAGCGUCUCUCCUGGUGGCGGUGCCUGGUUGGGUGGCCAGCUCUUUUCUGCUAUGGUCAUGCGCCGUCCCGCGGAACUCUUCCUGAACGAGCUGGGUGUUCCUUAUGAAGAGGAUGCGAACCCCAACUACGUCGUCGUCAAGCAUGCCUCCUUGUUCACCUCGACUCUCAUGUCGAAGGUUCUCUCCUUCCCCAAUGUCAAACUCUUCAAUGCUACCGCCGUUGAGGACUUGAUCACCCGUCCUACUACGGACGGCAACACCCAGAUUGCUGGUGUUGUCGUCAACUGGACGCUGGUCACCCUUCACCACGACGACCACUCCUGCAUGGACCCCAACACUAUCAACGCCCCUGUCAUCAUCAGUACCACUGGUCACGAUGGACCAUUCGGUGCCUUCUGUGCGAAGCGACUGGUGUCUAUGGGCAGCGUCGACAAGCUGGGUGGCAUGCGUGGUCUCGACAUGAACUCGGCCGAGGAUGCCAUCGUCAAGAACACCCGUGAGGUGACCAAGGGCCUGAUCAUCGGCGGUAUGGAGCUGUCUGAAAUCGAUGGCUUCAACCGCAUGGGCCCCACCUUCGGUGCCAUGGUUCUCAGUGGUGUCAAGGCCGCCGAGGAGGCCUUGAAGGUGUUCGACGAGCGCCAGCGUGAGUGUGCUGAGUAA